AUGAGGGGCAUGGUGGGCUGGAGGAGAGCAAACGAGAAGAAGAGAGGUGGAUGGUCCGUGCGUACUGAGGUGUCUGAGUGCACAAACAGGCAGUCGCAGCACUGCUGCUGCUCCUCCCCUUCACCCCCACCAUCCCCCCCGCCAUCUCUUCCCCCUUCCCCUCUGCCUUCCCCUCCGCCUCCCCCUCCUCCCCCUUGCCCGCGCCCCCGCGCAUACUCCCCCACUUCCCACGUGCCCUGUAUGCUGACACUUGCUGUCGUCAUCAGGCACUCCACAGUGAGCGACAGUGACGUCAUCAUGGCGGGCACUAGCCCCGGAAGCGCAGCUCCGCCCCCCGCGUCCGUCGCUCUUCCCCCCUCCCCCCCGCCUUCCGCGCCCGCCCCUACGUCCCACGAUUUCGCCCGUGCGUGCGUUCCCCUCCGCCCAUGCACUGCCCCGCCAAUUGCAGCGGCGCCGUGCGCGUUGCGAGCGCUGCUUGCGGGGGAAGAGUCGCGCGCAUGGGUGGAGGGAAGCGGGGGAAGCGGGUCGGAGGCGGGGGGAAGCACGGCGGACCUCGACUCCCUCAUGGCGUCGAACAACAGAAAGAGCCUCGAGUUGGUGGACAUUUCGCACCACGAAUUAGAUGACGAUCAUGAGGAGCACUCGCUGCUCAGCGACAGCAAGCCGCGUGGUGACUCGGACUCAGACGAGGGGGUGGGCAAGUCGCGCCUCCCUAAGGGCGGGUGGCAGCGGACGUGGGAGGAGUACUGGCGGAAGAGCCUCAUGGCUCUCUUCUUUGGGUGCUCGCUCAACGUGCUGCUCGUCUUCAUCCCGCUCUCCAUGCUCGUGGUUGGCCUCAAAUGGCCGCAGGGUUGGAUCUUCACCUUCUCUCUGCUUGGUAUCGCCCCCUUGGCAGAGAGACUAGGGUUUGUCACAGAACAGCUGGCAACAUACACUGGCCCCACCUUGGGAGGUCUUCUUAACGCCACCUUUGGCAACGCCACGGAGCUCAUCAUCUCAAUCUUCGCCCUGCAGAACGGGCUGGUGCGCGUGGUGCAGAUGAGUCUGCUGGGCUCCAUUCUCUCCAACAUGCUGCUCGUGCUCGGCUGCGCCUUCUAUGCGGGGGGGCUACGCUACAGGGAGCAGACCUUCAACAAGACCGCUGCUUUGGUCAAUUCAGGCCUCCUGCUGAUGGCGGUGAUGGGGCUGACAGCACCGGCAGUGCUGCAGUCGACACACACGGAGCUGCAUGAGAAGGACAGCACUCUCGCUCUCUCGCGCUUCAGCAGCGUCAUGAUGCUCGUCGCCUACGCCUGCUACCUCUACUUCCAGUUGAAAACGCACUCGCACCUAUACGAUGAUGAGGGAGAGGAUGGGGACGAUGAUGAGGAGGAGGAGCAGGUGCUGGGCUUCUGGGGAGCGAUUGUGUGGAUGGGCAUCAUCACCAUCUUCAUCUCCAUCCUCUCUGAAUACCUUGUCGAUGCUAUCGAGGGAGCAGCGGACGCGUGGGAUAUCCCAGUGGCGUUCAUCAGCGUCAUCAUUCUGCCCAUCGUGGGGAAUGCAGCUGAGCAUGCUUCAGCCAUCAUGUUCGCUGCCAAGGAUAAAGUGGAUAUCUCCCUCGGGGUUGCAAUCGGCUCCUCCACUCAAAUCGCCAUGUUCGCUAUCCCCUUCUGUGUGGUGGUGGGGUGGGCCAUGGGAGUGCCAAUGGAUCUCAACUUCCAUCUCUUUGAGACCGCCACGCUCUGCAUGACAGUGCUUGUCGUCGCCGCCCUGCUUCAGGAGGGAGAGAGCAAUUAUUUCAAGGGCAUCAUGCUGGUGCUCAGCUAUCUAAUCGUCGCCGCCAGCUUCUAUGUGCACAACGAUAUUGAGGACCCAGAUGACCCAAUCCCCAUGGCCCCAGCCUCCGCUCCCUCACCCAUGCCAUUCGGAGGCUGA